UAUAUGAUAAUCACGGGAGACCUUGAAGGUUAAGUCUUUGACGGAAAUUGUUGGCUAUCUGUAGCAUGUGUAGUUUUGUAAAUCUUAUCUCAAUGCUUGCUUUCUUCUCAGUGCACCUGUGAUCAUCUUUUUUUGACUCAUAUAUGUAGAUUUUAUUUUUAUAUGGGAAAUGAAGCCAGCUUUGCAGCUUUUGUUAAUGAUAGAAAAAAGAGAAACUUAGCUCAGUUUUCUAAUGUAUAAUUUGUUUCCUGGAAUACAGUGAUAUAGAAUUAGUUGUGGUGUUUUCUCUUCAUGGUCUUGGAAAUACGUGGGAGAGUAACAUUAUUAUUCUUUGCAGCUCUGUUAACAUGAAGAUGGAGGACUAUGAAAUAUUCUGUAAGAAACAUCUUUCCAGAAUCCAAGAAGAGGCAAUAAAAAGAGAAACCUCUUUCACUGUUCAGCACAAAACUAUCUCCCUCAUUCAAUUCCAUGGAGUUCCUGUGCUUUCCCCUCUGCUUAGCCUUGAAAAGAAAAAGGAAAUACAGCAAUAUAAACAGAAAGCGCUGGACCUAGAGACCUGGAAACAGAACUCCCGGAAAAGAGUUUUGUUGAAUUGUGUACAGGAGAUUCUAGAAAAUGUUCAGAUCAGGAAAGGAGCUAGUGUGAGUGAUGUGAACGCAUGGGAGACUGAGAAUACUUGUUCUGAAUCCGAUUCAAAAGCUUCAACUGACUUCACAGCUCUGUCGGAUGUCAAUUUGGCAUGUUCUCCUGAAAGGCAUGGUCCCACGGAGCUUGAAAAGACACCAGAAGUUAAUCCAGCAGAUACUACUGGGCAGGUGACAUCAAAUGUGACUGAAGUAGUUAAAGCAGCAGAAGAAAAUGUUCUUUCAAAGCAAAGUGAGGGUCACUUCUCAAAAGAUGUACCUUGUCCAAGGGCUACGUCUCCUGACAACGUGCAUCAUAGGCUUGUGUCACAGGCUUUGCAAAAGCAGGAGGGACUAGGAGGGCCACUGUCAGAUGAGGAAGUCCAAGACCCGUAUGUAAUGAGUCUUCAGAACCUGAUGAAGAAAUCUAGGGAGUAUAUAGAGAAGGAGCAAACCAAACGUAGCUCAAAAAGUAAUUCAAAGAGAAGUAUGAGUGAAAGUCAUUCAGAUAAAGAGAAUGAUGGCGUUAAAACAACUGACUCUGUGAAAGAAAGAGUAAAGUUUACAGGCAGAAGUUGCACCGCUCUGAUGCUUGAUAAGCCCAGUCUUAAUAAAUCAAACACCCUUCUCCAAGGUGCUUCUACUCACACCAAUAACACAAGUGUGUCAACUUUAUCCAGUUUUUCUAAAGUGGACAUACCUAUGAGAGUUGGAACACCCCCACUGGUGGAUUCGGAUUCGGAUGAAGAAUUUAAAAAGACUUCUAUGUUUGAUCGUGACAGUAGCAUUGUCAGGAGCCUCACAGGCUCUUACGCCAAAUUGCCAAGCCCAGAGCCGAGCAUGAGCCCUAAAAUGCACCGAAGGCGCCCAAGACCUUUAUCAAUGGGCCACAUCGUUAUAAAUAACCCUGUGAAUGCUUACGAGUUAAGUCCUAAAGGCAAGGGUAGAGCGAUGGAUUUAAUCAUGCAAGAUAUUGCUGAUAAAAAUAACGUUUCUGAAUCAGUGCCAAAGUUCAUGGUGGACUUCACUAUGGUUUGUCCUAGCAGAGUUCCUGGUGUCAACAGGAAUUCUUCAGGCCCUUGUGAUGGUUUGGGGGUUGGCAAACCGAAUCGCCAUUCCUUUGGGCACUUCGAAAGCAAAGGAACGUUGUCGGCUACAGUGGAAGGACAGGUAGUGAUGGACAGCAGAGGGCCGUAUAAAGUAGAGACUAGUACUAAUAUUGUAGCUCCAAAAUUGAAUGAGCCUUUUGCCAUCAGUCAGUCUACGGUAUCACAGAAGCUCCUAGCUGUGAAUGAAACAAAACCAUCAAGUUUGCUAGAAAAUACUAAAUGUAAUUCUCCAGUAGAACUCAAUAAGUCUUACGAUGUAGAAAAUCCAUCCCCACUCCUAAUGCAGACGAAGAAUGUGCGACAGCAGAUGGACACUCCAAGUGUUUCCCCAGCAAAAGAGCAGCUUCUAGAAAAUAGUUUUGAAAAGGUAAAACGUAGACUUGAUUUAGACACUGACAACUGCCAAAAAGAAAACGGUCCCUGUGCUCUAACAGCUGGAAUGGAAGAACAAGAGAAGCAGUGGUUGCAAGAACAGAAAUAUCCUGUGGGAUCCAUUUACAUUACCAAGAAUACAGCGCCUGACAGUAUGGCAAAAGAAGAUAUUUUAAAAACUAAAAUGUUGGCCUUUGAAGAAAUGAGGAAGAGACUUGAAGAGCAGCAUGCACAGCAACUGUCGAUUCUGAUAGCUGAACAAGAGAGAGAACAGGAGAAAUUACAGAAGGAACUGGAAGAGCAGGAGAGAAAGUUGAAAGGAAAGAAGGUUGCUACAACUGAAAUAGAAAUUUCCAAAGUGAAUAUUAACAGUAGGAUGGAGUUGGAGUGGAGGAAAAAAAGUGAAAGUGGCUUGCUGGAAAGUGUGCAGUCUCAGCUGGAGACGGUCCAGAACACAAACUCUACCAGCAUCGGUUUUGCUCAUACUGCAACACCUAAUACCUUUGCUUCAACAAGUGAAACUUCAUUCUUUCUCUGGGGACCGUCAGGAACUGGAGUUAUAAAAACCUCAGUAUCUAGGCCAAGUAACAGGAUCAAAACUAGGUGGACUCAGGUUUUCAGUCCAGAGAUACAAAUGAAGUUUGAUAAGAUCACUGCGGUGGCAAAGGGGUUUCUCACUCGUAGACUCCUGCAGACAGAAAAACUGAAACAUCUUAAGCAAACUGUAAAAGAUACUAUGGAAUUCAUAAAAAAUUUUCAGUCUGAAGCCCCAUUAAAAAGAGGAAGUGUUUCAGCACAAGAUGCAUCUCUUCAUGAAAGAGUAAUGGCUCAGCUGCGAGCUGCUCUGUAUGACAUCCAUGACAUCUUUUUUGCAAUGGAGGCAUCAGAAAGAAUGAAUAUUCUGCGUCAUGAUCGUGAAGUUCGUAAAGAGAAGAUGCUCAGGCAAAUGGAUAAAGUUAAGAGCCCAAGGGAGAGAGUGACACUUUCAACAGCUACACAGAAGUCUCUGGACAGGAAAAAGUACAUGAAGGCUUCAGAAAUGGGAAUGCCAAGUAAAAAAAUAAUUAUAAAACAGAAAACUCCUGAAAGCCGCGUUCUUCAACCGAAUCAAGGACAGAAUGCCCCGGUUCAUAGACUGCUUUACAGACAAGGAACCCCUAAGACCUCAAUGAAGGGGGUUGAGCAAAAUAGAAAGAAGGCCUCAGAGAGCAGAGUGUCUAACAAGGCUGUUUCAGGAGCAUCUGCAGGAAGAACCCAAAGAAAGAAGCCAAAUGUUGUGACAAUUUAAGACGACAACACUCACUGGGAUAAAAUGGCUGUUUUCUAAUGAUGGCAUUCUUAGCACUAGUUCAAAUAUUGUAUCUCCUAUAUCUAUAUUUAGAAAUGAUAAACAUACUUUGUCAUUUCCAGACAAUGACACAUUAAUACAGUCAUACUGAAGUAAUAAAGGGCUAUGAAGCUCUAAUACUUGUGUAAAAAUCGCAUGUUGAAUGUUGUUAUAUAUUCAUACUACUGUGUACAUGAUUCAUAAUCUUGUUUGUUUAAAGAUCACCAUAGGGCAACAGUAAGUUACUUUGUAAUUUUUUCACACUCUAAUUCUUGUCGGACAUAUGCUUUUUCCAUUACUGAAAAGUGCAUUUUCUGUGUAUGACUGUGUGACAGUUAGGAUGUGACAGACUGACACCAUAAAUAAGUCAUGUGAUACAUUUUUAGCUUCAUACCUUAAAGUUAAAGCAGUUAAGAAAGAAAAAAAAAUUAGAAUUAGUUCAAACAAAACAGGUCUUACAUCAGUGAACUUGUCAGCAGCCUUUUUGGAUGUACUUUCUCUAUGAAUGAGAUUACCUCAACUUAAAAUUAAUGGCCUAAAUGUUUUGCAUUUCUGCUGAGUUGGACAGACAUGGAUCCAGAUUAACUGCUGGGUGCACAAAGAUACUUUCAAUGACUAUACCGAAACUUCUCAUUUAUACCUAGGAUUUUUUUUUUCUUGCUGCUUACUGCAUUUUUUUUUUUAAAUGGAAACUACUUUUGGCCAAGAUGAAGAGAAAUGUAUGUUCUACAAAAAUUUCAGAAGGCAAGGUUUUAAUUGUUUUACCCUUUCAGACUUACAAAUGCUUGCCCGUAAUAAUAGUUCAGAUAUCUGAUAUAUGUUUUGUUGAUGACAGUCACAGUCUUUCUAAACAGUUUCUCUUCUACUGUGACCUAACAGGCCCUUGUACUGAAAUGUUGAAUUUGGGAGGGAGGGGCAAAAAUCUCUACCAAAUCCCAACAAACACACGCUUAUCUUGAUGAAAAUCUAACAUUAAAAGAUCAUGCUUAUAUUUUGCCUUGGUCUUCAUCCUGAUGAAGUCCUUAUCCUUCAACUUGAGGGGAGCAGAAGUCUGUAACUUCUGUCUUUUAAUGAACACGAUGUUAAGAUUCAAAGUCCUAACAGAGAAAAGCUUGACUAAGUCUUUGCGGGGCUUACUGUUUUGGUCUGUAACAGUAGUAGUAGAGAACUCACUACCAGAAUGUGAAAGAGA